AUGGAAACAACAUCUUAUGUACCAUUCUAUGAGAAAACAAAUCAGUUUGAAUUAGAAAAUGAAAAUGAAUUUAAUAAUGAAGCAAAUUCCAUAAUUAAUGAAAUUAUUGAAAAGAUGAAAAAUCCUUAUGAAGAAGUUGAUACAUUGAUUCAAGUUUUGAACGAACAGAAAGAUACUAGUCAAACAGUAUCAAAAGAAGAUGAAAAAUAUAAAGAACUUUUAAAUUCUUUUAAGUCAUAA